AUAGUUGUUUUUGUCCAGUGUCGGAAGUUCGUUUAGCCAGCCACUCCUAUAGCGGCCGUAACGGGCGCACAUCGGAACGUCGCCACUUCUGCUCAGCCUCAAACUGCGAGUUUCACUGGCACGCUUCAGCUCUACCUCAGCUUGAUCUUUCCUGGCUUGCCGAUGAGCAGCUGUCUGCGGUUGUUGGUGUACGAUGGACUUGCCGCGAAUCUCGCUUCCUUCGAUUAACAUAUACGACUUUAACAAGGAUAGUGUGCCUCAAAACCCAAAUUUCCCUGCAACACCCUUAGGAACAAUGUCUGGAAACUCCUAUCCGUCUCACGGGCCUAUGCCUAUUCGCAACAAUCUGACCCCGAAUUUCGCCCCUCCGCCACUACCACCGCCGCCCCGAAUUAGUGAUCUCGAAGACGGCUACGACGCUGGCUGGUUGCACGCGAACUCCCGAGGAACGACCAAACUCGCCCCCAUCAAUCCUAGCUCGAGCCUGUUCGGUGGUCACCGCCGGCCUGAACCAGUGUCGCUAAGUGAUCGAAUGGCUCUCGACGACUUAGACGGCCGGCAGAGUGGGUUCCCACUAUCCAGGAGCCCUGAAGCGCACAUUCGGAUCGAACCCCCACCGCCCAUGGACGAGGGUUUCCGGAAUGCGAUCUCUAUCAAAAGCCCAAGUCCAAUCUUGAAAGGAGAGCGGGACUUUUCGCGAAGAAGUGUGAAGGAUUCAUCAGAUGCGUACGAUCAGCACCUGUUGUCGAAAAUCGGAAAACCACUCUCCCCGCGCCAGUCUAUCAGCGGUGGAAGCGAACCUAGAGGCACCCUUCAAACACUCACGAUUCCUACCCGAAACUUUGGCGGCAUCCCUUCGCCUGGAGGCUCGGACAGUUCGGCUCUCGACGUAAGAUGGCCCGGGCCCGGAAGCUAUCAAUCAGGGGGAGUCUCGCCAGGUACCAAGGUUGGAUGGAGGGAUUACAUUGGGGGCCGCAGCCCCAGUGUUGAGAGUAGCGCCCCGUCAUCAGCAGUGGAUCUCGACCAUUCAGGGUAUCUGCGGGAGGUAUACCGCCGUCGCGGUGGAACAACGCCUUCAUACGACGAGAAUAUCAGCCUCCCCAGCCGCUCACACCGAGGUAGCUACGAUCACGGCGUCUUUUCAGACAUUGAAGGUGAUUUCUCCACGGACGAAUCGCUCCCGUCCCGGAUGGUUUAUCUUCGGGAGGCCACGCCGCCGUAUUCAGAUGCUUCGAAAUCUUCUGGGUUGAAAAGAAGAGCAUCAUCUCCUCCUCGUGAGCCGAUGGGCGACGAUCGACAUCGACUUCAUAUCAUAACCAGCAACGGGGAUCUCACUCAACGAAGAACCAGUGGUCAACCAUACACGAACAAUUUGACAGUCAAUUCUGGUUAUGUUGCCGGUCACGGGAGCCAUUCGGCGGCCUCCUCGUUGAGUAUACGAACCACCGGAUCUUACUCGUCGGCGGGACUAUCUGUGGGAGGCAGUAGUAUGACCAGCUAUGAUCGGUCUCCUGGAGGGCUUUCACCCAAGUCUGACCUUGAUACCUUUCACGACAAAUCCAUAAUGAAUCCGACCUCACCCGCUCACAUGGUUGCACCACCAGUCGCACGAGUCAUCCAGGGACCUAGCAUUAUCGAACCUUCGAGUGUCGAAACGGCGCGCAAAAUGUCGUUGCAGACGAAUCAUGCCGCACCGAAGCCUACAGGACCCAAGCUUGGCGGAUUGUACAUUUGCGAUUGCUGUCCUAAGAAGCCGAAGAAAUUCGAUAGCCCCGAGGAGCUCCGUUCGCAUGAGAUGGAGAAGCAAUAUUCAUGCCUUUAUUGUAACAAUAGGUUUAAGAACAAGAACGAGGCCGAACGCCAUCAAAACUCGCUACACUUGCGACGGCAUUCGUGGUCCUGUGCUGCUCUAUCGAGCUACCAAGCAGCAUUCCAUCCCUCGUCUACUCCCGGGCAGACCGGAGCCGGUCCGUCACAUGACACUUGCGGCUACUGCGGCGAGGAGUUUCCCAAUCAUCCCCAACCAGACUGGGACCGCCGAUUCGAGCAUCUCACCGUCGUACACAAGUUCGGUGAAUGCAACAAUGCGAAGAAGUUCUUCCGUGCAGACCAUUUCCGCCAGCAUCUCAAGCACAGCCAUGCAGGCACGAGCGGGAAGUGGACCAAUAUCUUGGAAAAUGCCUGCAUGAAGGAGGAAGCUCCGCCCGAACCCAAGAAUGGAGGUGUCUCGCUUGCGAACAACAAGAUCAACGAGGUACUUGGUGGUUGCUGACAUUUAGCCUGGCUCGACCAUGUCGAUUUGUGGGAUCAGAGCACCCCUUACUCGA